UCUAUUUUGGGCGCAUGCUCAGCGCGAACUGAACCUUGCAGCAUCUAAUUUGAGCUAUUGAAAUUUGAAUCUAUUAUUCCAACAAUCUCUCAAAGCAAAGCAUUUUUCAUGAUUUCCUUUGCAUUUCAUCGUCUCUACAGACUUCAGCAUUUUACAGCUUCUACUACACUCCUCAAUGGCCUCCUUUUCUCCUAUCCUCACCAGUUCUUCAACUUUAAUAGCAACCCCUUUUGGCGCUAUACCCAAUUUCAUUCUUUUACAACAAACCCACUGUCUUCUGAUUUUGAUUCAGUUGUCAGAAGGGUCUGUUCUUUAGUAUCUGAAUCAUACUGUAAAGUUCAAGAAAAUACCCAUUUCAAAUCUAGACACCCCAAGUUGAAAUUGCCGAUAGAUUCUGAGUGUUUGACUCAAGAACAGGCUAUAACUGUUGUUGCUUCUCUUGCAGAUGAGGGAGGGUCCAUGCUGGCAUUGAGUUUCUUUUAUUGGGCAAUUGGGUAUGUGAAAUUCAGGCAUUUUAUGAGGCUUUAUAUUGUUUUAGCUAUUUAUUUGAUUAAAAAUGGCAACUUUGAGAGAACCCAUGAAGUGAUGCAUUGUAUGUUGAGGAAUUUUUGUGAAGUUGGUAUGUUAAAGGAGGCUGUAGAUAUGGUUUUUGAGAUGCAAAAUCAAGGUUUGGUUUUGAAUGCUGGGAGUUUGAAUUCUGUUGUUAGUGUUGUUACUGAGAUGGGACAUGUUGAGAUGGCAGAGAAGGUGUUUGGUGAAAUGUGUGACAGAGGGGUCUGUCCUGAUUCAUUUUGUUUCGAGUCUAUGGUUGUUGCUUAUUGUAGAACCGGAAGAGUUGUAGAGGCUGAUAGGUGGCUGAGUGCAAUGCUCGAAAGGGGGUUUCUUGUUGAUAAUGCGACUUGCACUUUAAUAUUGAGUGUUUUCUGUGAAAAGGGGUCUAUUAAUAGAGUGUUGAGUAUUUUUAAUAAACUGAUUGAAUUGGGGUUGGCUCCAAAUGUUAUCAAUUAUACGUGUUUGAUAAAUGGAUUGUGUAAGAAAGGCAUUAUUAAGCAUGCAUUCGAGUUGUUAGAGGAAAUGGUUAGAAAAGGUUUGAAACCAAAUGUUUUCACUCAUACUGCAUUGAUUGAUGGUCUUUGUAAGAAAGGCUGGAUGGAUAAGGCUUUUAGACUAUUCCUAAAACUUGUGAAGAGUGACAAUUACAAGCCUAAUGUGCAUACAUAUACAGCCAUGAUAGCUGGAUACUGCAAACAGGAAAAAUUGAAUCGUGCAGAGAUGCUUCUGAGCAGAAUGCAAGAACAAGAGUUGGUCCCUAAUGCCAACACCUAUACUGCUCUCAUUGAUGGGUACUGUAAAGUUGGAAACUUUGAUGUUGCUUAUAAAUUAUUGCGUGUGAUGGAUGAAAAAGGCUUGGCGCCAAGCACUUUUACGUAUAACGCGGUCAUUGAUGGCCUGUGUAAAAAGGGAAGGGUUCAGGAGGCUUAUCAGAUGCUGAAGAAAGGUAUGCAAAUUGGAAUUUCGCCAGAUUUAGUGACUUACACCAUUCUAAUGUCUCAGAGCUGCAAACUAGGAGAUAAUGGACAAGCUUUUGCUCUUUUCAGUAAGAUGGUUAAAGCUGGUAUUGGCCCUGAUAUGCAUACAUACACCACAUUAAUUGCUGCCUUGUGUAGGCAAAAGAAAAUGAAAGACAGUGAAAAGCUCUUUGAUGAUGCUGUAAUUUUAGGUUUGAUACCUACCAAAGAGACUUGUACUUCCAUGAUAUGUGGAUAUUGUAGAGAUAAAAAUGUGGCCAUGGCCAAGAAGUACUUCCAGAGGAUGGGAGAAUAUGGUUGUGCACCUGAUAGCCUCACUUAUGGUGCUUUGAUUAGUGGGCUUUGUAAGGAGUCAAAGUUGGAUGAGGCUAGAGAUCUUUACAAUUCAAUGGUUGAUAAAGGGAUUCCCCCAUGUGAAGUUACACGGCUGACUGUAGCUUAUGAGUAUUGCAAGAACAAUGAACCAACCAUCACAAUGGGCCUCUUAGAUAAAUUAGAAAAAAAACUUUGGGUUCGAACUGUAUCUACCUUAGUCAGGAAGCUUUGCAGUGAAAAGAAAGUGAAUGUAGCUGCUCUGUUUUUCCAUAAACUGCUAGACAAACAGCAGAGUGUGGAUCGAGUAACUCUUGCAGCGUUUAUGUCGGCGUGCUAUGAAAGCAAUAAAUAUGACCUUGUCUCCAGUAUGAAUGAGAGGAUAACAAAAGAUUUUGGAGAAUCUACGGUAGAGUGACCUUGUGAUUUACUGAACAACAAACCAAAAGGCUAUUUGGCAGGUGUGCAAGUAGCAAGUUAAAAUGAUUGCUUUAUCCUCUUUAAGAUUGAGCAUUAAAGCUGUCCCCUCACAUUUACUGAUUUGAACUGAAGUGCGUAGCUUUCUCAGAAGUCUAUAUUGUUGGACUAUGUGGAAACUAGCUGCCUGUGAUCUUGUGUUGAGGCAGAUGGCCAAGCUGAGGAAGAUUCUUUUCCAUGGCAAGUUCUUGAAUGGAAUUCUUUACAGCAAUGACGUGCUUGAAAGAGAACCUCUUAUAAACCUCCCCUGAUAUUAAAAGGAAGUUGACAAUUACAGAAAUGUUCACAAGUAGGAAAAUCAGGUAUCUUUCUUUUCCUUUGAUGUUCACAAUCAUUGUUCAGACAAGAUUGAGAGAUGUGGACAAAAGUUGUCAAAAAGCUAUUAUACUGCGGGAGAGAUUGAUAGGGAGCAGUUAUUUGACAGUAAACAGCAAUCACCUUAGUUUUUCCCUAACGUACGAAGAUGUUGGCUAGCUCACUAUGGAGCUGUCAAGCCAUAUGUAAUGGAAGGAGAUCCAGGACUGUUUAGCUGCUUGUACAGAUUGUGGUUUUGGUUUCUCGUUCAUUUAAAUUUUGAUGUAUAAACCUCUUCCGCAAGAUCAUGGUUAGAGAAAGUCCUCUGGUGUUGUCAUUGCAGAUUCUUGAGAUUGGACAUUACCAAGGAUUUCCACAUUCCAACCAUAAGUUCUUUCUCCGUCUCUCACCGAGUUUGUGAACAAGCAUUUUUACCAAGACUGGUGACCAUCAAUUGUAUGUAGUAAAUGAAAAAAUCAAAACUAGUUGAGCCUCUCAAUCGUUAUACUGGGAAAAUUGUUAGCCAAGGGUACUUGAAGUGUAUAUAAAAGGUAUCAUUACAUUGCCUUAUGAAUGUUGCUGUAUUCGUUUUUAUCUUUAUUCAUUUCAUUCUUCCUUUUUGGUA